GCAAAUAGUUCACUGUUCUUAGCUAUGAGGAGGAAUCAAUCCCCAAACAAUUGAUUUUCUUCAGGUCCUGAAUGAUUCUUGAGCAUGACUACGCUUCUCAUUUCCAUCAAUUUCCCAAGAAUCUCAAGCUUUUGUGCUGAUUUUCAUGGCCAAAAAUGUCACCUUGGACCCAAAACUCAUCCACUCUCCUUCUCUUGCUCACUUCCCAGCAAAAAGAUUGGAUCUUUACUCAGAAAUGGAUCCAAUCUGAAGUUUUCCUUGGGGAUUUUCAGUGGAAGGGGGAAGAAGAGAGGAUUGGUUGUAGUCCAGGGUUUUGGUUUCAAUGGUGGUGGUGGGACUGGGUGGGACAAGAACAACACAGCUAGGGUUAUUGGAAAUCUUGCUUUGGCCAUUGGUUUAAUAUAUCUUUCUUUGACUGGGCAGCUUGGUUGGGUUUUGGAUGCUAUUGUUUCAAUAUGGCUGUUUGCACUGCUGCUUCCAAUUGUAGGGUUAGGUGCUUUCUUCUGGUUUGCAGGAAGAGACAUAAUUCAAAGCAGUUGUCCCAAUUGUGGAAAUGAUUUCCAAAUAUUUAAGUCUUCUUUAAGGGAUGGUCCACAGCUCUGCCCAUUUUGUAGCCAGCCUUUCUCUGUGCAGGGUGACAAGUUUGUAAGGGAGUCUACCAAGUUUUCUUCUGAUCGGGGUUCGACAUUCGGUCAAGUUUUCAAUGGCUUUACACAACGUUCUGAGAAAGGAAAAGCCUCAUCUUCAACUGCAACUAUUGUCGACAUUGAAGCUGAAGUGAAGGAUGUUGAUUGAUGGCUAUUGAAUGUGGUGUUAGGUGGAUGAAGAACAAACCGGCGAAUGCCUCUGAUAUCUGUAUAGAAAAAGCUCAGAGUGAAGAUGAUCGAAGAACUCGUUUUCUAUGAACCGAGCUGAGCUUCUAGUUACUAUCCAAAAACACAACUUGUGCAGAUCUUUGGUCUUUCAUUAGACAUUUGUUAUUGUGUGAAGUGAUUGAUUCCUUGUAAAUGAUGUGAAAUGAAAACAAGCAGCAGGAAGCAGCAAAUGAAGUGGUUUGUAGCUUGAGCAAUUUUUUUUAGUUUUCAGUCAUAUCCUCUGAAUUUUAUUUUGAAUGAGAUUGUGUUUUCCAGUUUGUACGAAUCAAUGAGAAGUGUGGCAUCUAAUUCGUUGGA